UCUGAGCGGCCUCUUCGGACUUGGACUUCCGUGCCCAGCCCCUGCCCCUCUAGCACCGCCGCCAGGUGGUCCUGGACGCGCCAGGCUGGGUCCACUUCUGAGCGCCCCUCGGGGCCCAUGGAGGUAGAGACCGCAGAGGAGCAGGGGGUCCCCGCACCCCCAUCAGGUGCACCCUCUGGACCUGGCUCGACUGGUGCUCCGGCUCCCCUGGGCGGGCGGUGCGAGCCCAAGAAGUACGCAGUGACGGAUGAUUACCAGUUGUCCAAGCAAGUGCUGGGCCUGGGUGUGAAUGGCAAGGUGCUGGAGUGUUUCCACCUACGCACUGGGCAGAAGUGUGCUCUGAAGCUCCUGUAUGACAGCCCCAAGGCCCGGCAAGAGGUAGAGCACCACUGGCAGGCCUCAGGGGGCCCCCAUAUUGUGCGCAUCCUGGAUGUGUAUGAGAACAUGCACCACAACAAGCGCUGUCUCCUCAUCAUCAUGGAAUGCAUGGAAGGUGGAGAGUUAUUCAGCAGAAUCCAGGAGCGUGGGGACCAGGCAUUCACUGAGAGAGAAGCUGCGGAGAUCAUGAGAGAUAUUGGCUCUGCUAUCCAGUUCCUGCACAGCCAGAACAUCGCCCACCGAGAUGUCAAGCCUGAAAAUCUGCUCUACACAUCAAAGGAGAAGGAUGCAGUACUCAAGCUCACUGAUUUUGGCUUUGCCAAGGAGACUACUCAAAAUGCCCUGCGGACACCCUGCUAUACUCCCUAUUAUGUUGCCCCUGAAGUCCUGGGUCCAGAGAAGUAUGACAAGUCAUGCGACAUGUGGUCCCUGGGCGUCAUCAUGUACAUCCUUCUGUGUGGCUUCCCACCCUUCUACUCCAACACGGGCCAAGCCAUCUCCCCAGGAAUGAAGAAGAGGAUCCGCCUGGGCCAGUAUGGCUUUCCCCGUCCUGAAUGGUCAGAUGUCUCCGAGGAGGCCAAGGAGCUGAUCCGCCUCCUGUUGAAGACAGAUCCCACAGAGCGACUAAACAUCAUACAGUUCAUGAACCAUCCCUGGAUCAAUCAAUCCAUGGCGGUGCCACAGACCCCCCUCCACACGGCUCGAGUGUUGCAGGAGGACAAAGACCACUGGGAUGACGUUAAGGAGGAGAUGACCAGUGCCUUGGCAACUAUGCGGGUUGACUACGACCAGGUGAAGAUCAAGGACCUCAAGACCUCUAAUAACCGGCUCCUCAACAAGCGGAGGAAGAAGCAGGCAGGCGGCUCUUCAGGCUCUCAGGGCUGCAGCAACCAGUAGCCUAUGGACUUGUAUGGAGUCUCCAUUCAGCCUGCAGACUGGAGAGCUCAGACCCUGAGCUUUAGGGUCUUUCCUUUCUUUUUUUUUUUUUUUAACAAGAGGAUGAUUUUGGUGUGUUUAUUAA